AUGUCGUCCUCGGAAAAAAGCCAAAGCGACCUCUCGCCAGAGGUUCAUCCUCGCAGCCACAUCCCCGAUUGGAAAUGGAAAGGAACUCUUUCAGUUCUUAUCCUGACAACACUAAUCAAUGGUUAUGAUGUGAGCAACGUUGCUAAUAUCCAGCCAGCUCUUUACAAGGCCUUCGGCGACAUCACGCUUCUACCAUGGAUCAGUCUAUCCUUCAGUCUCGCCGUAUUUGCAGUCCUAUCAUUCUCCAGAAAGAUUUUAUAUUGCGUGGACAUGAAAUGGAUCUACAUAGGUAGCGCUGUGGUCUUUAUGGCCGGUGCUGCUGUGGCCGGUGCAGCUCCCAAUCUUCCUGCGGUUAUUGUUGGACGGAUUAUUAUGGGUGUCGGUGGUGCUAUUGUCUACCAAAGGUCUCUUCCAAACAACUUAACAUUUGUCGCCGUUUUCGCCACGCCAGAAGAGACACCUCGUCUAUUCGGUCUUCUGAGCGCAACGUGGGCCGUGGGCCUCGUCAUUGGAGGUCCCAUAGGUUCUGCCCUCGCCUCAAACAAACACACUACCUGGCGGUGGGCUUUCUAUAUGAACUUGCCUUGGGUAGGUCUCAGCCUGGUGCUCGCCAUUAUUUGUCUCCCUCGCAAAUACUUGGGGCCAGACAUUCCGUUGCUCUCCCGACUGAUGGCGAUCGAUCCUAUCGGAAUUGUGUUCAACAUGACUACCCCAGUACUGUUUGCUCUCGCAUUGGAGUUCUCCGGUCCUGUGUGGUACUGGGGCUCUGCAGCGUCCAUCGCAGUCUGGGUGGUCUUCGGGGUGGUAUUGGUUGGAUGGGCCAUUCAACAAUAUUGGUGCAUUGGAACAACUCCCGAGCAACGCGCCAUUCCUCUUCAUUUACUAAACCGUGCCGACCUGCUUCCUCUUUGGGUCGCGUCUGGCUGUGCGGGCGCGUCGUACGCCAUCACUCUCUACUACACGCCGCUGUUUUUCGCGUUCGCUCGCGGCCACAGCGCAAUGCAGCAAACUGUUCGUCUUCUUCCUUUCGUUUUGGUUUUCAUCGCCGUGGUGAUUCUUGUGGGUGGGUCGCUCCCAUUAUUUGGCCGCUAUAACCUGAUUUAUAUCAUUGCUGGUAUUGCAACUGUCGCGGGAGCCGGUGCUAUGGCCGGAACUCUGAGCCCUGAUGUCUCCGAGUCCCAAGUACUAGGAUUUGAAGCAAUCAUUGGUGUUGGUCUUGGCUGUUCCUUCCAGCACGGAGUUGGUGUCUCGAAUGUGAUAAACAAAACCCCCCGCGACCGCGUCGAUAGCGCUGUGAUGUUUAAUAUGGCGCAAAUGGGCGGCAUUGCAGUUGCUUUGGCAAUCGCGGGCUCAAUUUAUCAGAAUGUGGGAUACACUUUGUUGACAGAUGCCAUUGGAGAGAGCGGGUACUCAGGCAAAGACCUACGUGAGGCGCUCGCCGGUGUGUCGUCAGCAGUGUGGCAGUCUGGCGACCCUGAGGUUCUUUCUCGUGGAAUUGGUGCCGUCGCAACGGUGAUUGGACGGGAAUUUUAUCUAGUAAUCGCUGGUGGUGCCGUCUGUCUUGUCUGUGGGUUAGUGAUGAGAUGGGAGCGAUUAGACUAUGGCAGACCCAAGAGCAACAACAUCGAGAAAUGA